GAAUUUGACAAUGGGAUCUUAACCAUCACCCUUUCUUCUAUAAACUCUUCCCUACUUCAACCUUGUCUCUUUCCAACCAUCCAAAUCUCAAAACCAAAAUGUCUUACCUUCCCCUCGCCAUGUUCUCCAUCCUCCUCUCCGCAUCAUCAAUAAUCUCUGCUUGCACCUUCUGCUCCCAUCCCGCCCAUCCCCACCCCAUCCAUCACCAUCCCAUCCCUAAACCACCGGCCAUCAACCCCCCUCCGCCCGACGGCACAGGUAUUCCGGCGACAACUCCCCCGCCGGCGGUGAAAUGCUCGCUCGACAUCUUGAAGCUGGCACUGUGCCUUGAUGUAUUGGGAGGGUUAGUAAACGUGGGCUUCGCUCCAGUGGAGAUCUACUGCUGUCCGGCGAUUGAAGGGUUGCUGGAAUUAGAAGCGGCGGCUUGUCUUUGUGCUGCGAUAGAUCUAAAGGUGCUGAAUUUGAAUAUUUAUAUUCCGCUGGCCCUCCAAGUUCUCAUUACCUGUGGAAAAGACCCUCCUCCGGGCUAUUUCUGCCCGCUUCGGCAUUAGGGUUUGCGUGUCGAGUUUCUUUGGGAUUUGGGUGUGGAUGAUGAGGGUUGCAGCGGGAAGAAGUUUAUGUUUUCUGAUUAUGUUAUUAAUUGUGAUUUGGUGGAUUUUAAGCUAUGAAUUUGUUGCUAUUUAUGAAAAUUAGGAUUCUCGUGCUGCAUUAAAAA